AAGUUUGACGUGUUUUUCUUUUUUGUUGUUUAAAAUUUAUUUCAAUCUUAGAUACACUUAGUCAAUCUAUGCAGUAAUGGAUAUAACUCCUUUGUUUAAAGCUUGUGUAAAGACCAUAAAACUACAUAAUAAAUCGGUGGUGUCACCUGAUAAGAAUCGAAUUUUGAAAAAAUCGCCAAAAGAUGAAUUCAGUAAAAAGACGAAGGAUAUAAAAUAUCAAAUCAGUCAAUUGAGAAACUUCCUUAUUGAGAACAGAACAGCAUACAUUCAAUAUGCUUCUCAUCUUAAAAGGUCUGCUCAGAUGACGAAUGAAGAACGUGAUGUCAUAGACCGAGAAUCAGAAAAAAUCAUUAAUAUUUGUACUCAAUUUAUUUGUGAGUUGAAAGCUGAAUACAAUAAUAAACAUCUGACAAAACAACAUAGAACUCAUUGCGAUGCAGUUUUUGAAUUAUUAGCGAAUUACCUUAAAGGAGUUUACAACAUUUUUAACGAUCAGAAGAAUUACAGAAUUCAACGUGAUCUUGAGACUUAUAAAUUCUUGAAAUUAGAUUCUGAGAAGCGACAUGAUAAGUUUGAAGUAGAUAGGAUUGAAUACAAGGAAGAUAUGGAUUUAGGUGAAAAUUCUGAUGAGAAAAAUGAUGAACUUCCAGAUAGAAGUCAAAAUGACAUCGAACGUGAUAAACUCAUCACAAAACCUGAUACAACACGUAAAUCUGCUGAUACUGACACAAGUGCAAAUACCAUGUUUAUCGAAGAUGAUGCUAACACAAGCCGUCAUCAACAAAACUUCGAACAUAAUCUUACCGCAGAAGAAUUACAAAUGCUUGAGAUUGAAAACAAGCAAAUGAUUAGUGAAUUUAAAGGAUUAAAUGCAGAAGUUGAACAGAUCGAAAAACACGUUUACGACAUUGCAAAACUUCAAGAUCUUUUCACUGAGAAGGUUGCACUACAAAAAGGAGACAUCGAGCGCAUUUCCAAUACAGUUGUUAGCGCAACUGAGAACGUUCGUGAAGCUAAUGAACAGAUUAAAGAAGCAAUUCAAAGAAAUGCUGGUCUGCGCGUUUAUGUUUUGUUCUUUCUCCUUGUAAUGUCCUUCAGCCUUCUAUUUCUUGAUUGGUACAAUGAAUGA